UAGAGUUGGCUCAGGGUGGUGCUGACUUUACAACUCUCCAAUGUCAACUGUUCCUGAGGUGGAUACUGAAUGCUGUGGUUCAGGAGCUCAAAAUCAUCUUUUACCUUCUUCUGAGAGAAGAAAAAGAAAGAGCUGUGGCCCCAAAACAGUCAAGACCUUUCUCAGGUCAGUGUUAAAUUCUUACCUCUCCAAGCAGCUGCUUCUCAAGCCCUGAGGAUUUCACUGAGCCAAUUUAAUGCUGGUGGUCAGACAGUUUAAACCCAUUAGCUCCCAGCUAUCUGAAUAAUUUUCUCCUGGGAUACCAGCACACGAGCAGACUGCUCUAACCAGAACUGCAGAGCCUGCCACGGGACCUGGACCUUUGCUGACUGCUGUGGCCUGUGUGGUGAGCACUCAGGGGCUGAAGAAAAUGCCACUGGCAAGAUCCCUGUCCAUGACAUCUCUGAAUGGGCUUCUGCAGUGUGAGGAUGAAGACCUGCCCGUGGAGGAUUUGUUGCUCUUUGAAAUUUCUUGGGAAGUUACCAACAAAGUGGGAGGCAUUUACACUGUGAUCCAGACAAAAGCCAAAACUACAGCAGAUGAAUGGGGCGAAAAUUAUUUCCUCAUUGGCCCCUAUUUUGAGCAGAAUGUGAAAACUCAGGUGGAAUUCUCUGAACCUCCAAAUUCUGCAGUUAAGAAGGCAAUGGACACCAUGAAAAGCCAAGGGUGUCAGGUCUUUUUUGGAAGAUGGCUGAUAGAGGGCAGCCCGUAUGUCUUACUCUUUGAUAUAGGAUCAGCAGCUUGGAACCUGGACAAGUGGAAAGGUGGAUUUUGGGAGGUCAGCAACAUAGGGAUCCCUUUUCAUGACCGAGAAGCCAACGACGCUGUGAUUUUUGGAUCAUUAACAGCCUGGUUUUUGAAAGAGCUUUCCUGUCAGUUUGAUGACAAGCCCAAUAUAAUUGCCCACUUCCACGAGUGGCAGGCAGGAGUGGGUUUAAUCCUGUCUCGAUCACAGAAACUUCCUGUCGCCACAAUUUUUACUACCCAUGCAACUCUGCUUGGGAGAUACUUGUGUGCAGCCAGUAUUGACUUUUACAACAAUCUGGACCAGUUUGACAUUGACAAGGAGGCUGGAGAGAGGCAGAUUUACCAUCGGUACUGUAUGGAACGGGCAUCUGUGCAUUGUGCUCAUGUGUUCACCACAGUCUCCCAGAUCACAGCUACAGAAGCAGAACAUAUGCUUAAAAAAUGCCCUGAUGUUGUCACCCCAAAUGGCUUGAACAUUAAGAAAUUUUCAGCAAUGCAUGAGUUUCAGAAUUUGCAUUCCAUGUACAAGGCUAGGAUCCAAGAGUUCAUUCGAGGUCAUUUCUAUGGCCACCUUGACUUCGAUCUUGACAAGACUUUGUUUUUCUUCAUUGCUGGGAGAUAUGAGUUUUCCAACAAAGGAGCUGAUAUGUUUCUAGAAGCCUUAUCAAGAUUAAACUUUUUGCUGAGGGUUCACAAGACUGACAUUACAGUUAUCGUGUUCUUCAUCAUGCCAGCAAAGACCAACAAUUUCAACGUGGAAACCUUGAAAGGACAAGCAGUCAGGAAGCAGCUCUGGGACACUGCACAAUCUGUGAAAGAAAAGUUUGGAAGGAAACUCUACAAUGCCUUGCUGAAAGGAGAAAUCCCAGACUUGAACAAGAUUCUUGACCGAGAUGACAUAAGCAUUAUGAAAAGAGCCAUCUUUUCAACUCAGAGACACUCUCUGCCUCCAGUGACCACCCACAACAUGAUUGAUGACAGCAACGACCCAAUCCUCAACACCAUCCGGCGCAUUGGGCUGUUCAACAACCGCACAGACCGCGUGAAGGUCAUCCUACAUCCAGAGUUUCUUUCUUCAACAAGUCCCUUGCUGCCCUUGGACUAUGAGGAGUUUGUUAGAGGCUGCCACCUUGGUGUAUUCCCAUCUUACUAUGAACCCUGGGGCUACACUCCAGCUGAGUGUACUGUGAUGGGCAUUCCCAGUGUAACCACAAACCUAUCUGGAUUCGGCUGUUUCAUGCAGGAGCAUGUUGCUGACCCAGAAGCUUAUGGGAUCUACAUCGUGGACAGGAGGUUCCGCUCGCCGGACGAGUCGUGCAACCAGCUGACCCAGUUCCUGUACGGGUUCUGCCAGCAGAACCGGCGCCAGAGGAUCAUCCAGAGGAACCGCACCGAGCGCCUCUCCGACCUCCUGGACUGGAAGUACCUGGGCAGGUAUUACAUGCAUGCCAGACACUUGGCCCUCAGCAGAACAUUCCCAGAUAAAUUUGAGAUGGAACCAAGUGCUCCACCAAAGACAGAAGGUUUCAGGUUCCCCAGACCCUCAUCGGUGCCACCAUCGCCCUCGGCCUCCCAGCAUUCCAGCCCGCACCACAGCGAAGCCGAGGAUGACGAUGAGGAUGAGAGAUACGACGAGGACGAGGAGGCUGAAAGGGAUAGGCAGAACAUCAAGUCCCCCUUUUCCCUUGGAGCCUUGCCUCAAGGAAAAAAGAAGCAGCACGGAGAAUACAGGAACUGAACUCGUUGCUCUCACCCUGGCGUCGCUCCCCAUCUGCUCAACAGUUUCUCCUGUAGGCUUGGCAAGCUUUGUGUUAAGGACAGUGUGAUGUAAUUAGGGGAACCUUAAAGUUACUUGAGCUGCACCUUUGGAAAGCCUAAUGUUAUUUCACCUUGAAAAUAGUUUAAAUGACAAUUUUUCCGUGUCCCUUUGAGGUAGAAGAAAUUUUUCAGGCUUAAUAAAACUAGAGAAUGAGACAAUCCCCUCAGGCACUUAUAAAAACUGCAGAUCAUA